GACAAUAAACCAUGUGUGUUUAUUUUACGUUGAGAAAAAUGUCGAAGUGUUGAAAAAUUUGCAUUUGUUUUGUUGUUAUAAUUAUUCAUAUACAGUUGUUUUAUCAUGGCUAGAUUGUAUGUUCUAUUUGAACAUGCAGCCGGUUAUGCGUUGUUUCUCGUCAAUGAAUUUGAUGAAAAACAGUUGCCCCAGAUCCAAAAAAGUAUUGCUGAUAUCAGUAAAUUCCGUAGUAUUGUUGACCUAGUUUCUUUUCAACCAUUUAAAACUGGGAGAGAUGCUUUGGAAAAUAUGAAUAGCAUUUCAGAAGGGAUUUUGCAUCCUCAGCUGCAAGUGUUUUUAGAGAGUAAUGUUCCAAAAUCCAAAAAGAAACACCCUGUCACUCUAGGUGUUGCGGAUUCUAAAAUUGCUGCUGCUGUAACCGAAAGUCUGGGAUUCAGUUGCUUAAUUUCAGGUGUUGUUCCAGAAAUAUUAAGAGGUAUCCGUUUUCAUUUUCACAAGCUUGUAAAAGGUUUUAAGGAUUUGCAUGCUGCAAACAAGACACAGUUAGGCUUGGGACAUCAUUAUUCAAGAGCACGAGUGAAGUUCAAUGUAAAUAGAAUCGAUAACAUGAUUAUUCAGACUAUUAAUAUUGUGGAUCAAUUAGAUAAAGAUAUAAAUACGUUUGCUAUGAGAGUUAGAGAAUGGUAUUCACAUCAUUUCCCAGAGCUGAUUAGAGUAGUUCCUGAGAAUCAUCUGUAUGUAAAAUGUGUCAGAGUUAUAAAUGAUCGGAAAAACAUGUCUGAAAAUGUUGAGGAAGAAUUAGAAAAAAUACUAAUGGAUUCUGCAAAAGUACAUGACAUUAUGGAGCUUGCUCGUAGCUCUAUGGGCAUGGAAAUAUCUCCAUUAGAUAUGGAAAAUGUUACAGUUUUUGCUGAAAGAAUCAGUUCUCUCAUGGAAAAAAGGAAGCAGUUGGUAGAAUAUUUAAAAUCAAAAAUGCAUAGCGUUGCACCUAAUCUUGCAACUUUAAUCGGUGACAUGGUUGGAGCAAGACUCAUUGCUCAAGCUGGUAGUUUGAUAAAUUUGGCAAAAUUUCCAGCAUCAACUGUUCAAAUUCUUGGUGCAGAAAAAGCAUUAUUCAGAGCCCUAAAGACUAGAGGCAACACACCUAAAUAUGGCUUGAUUUAUCACUCAACCUUCAUAGGAAGGGCUGGUAAAACAAAUAAAGGAAGAAUAUCUCGGUACUUAGCAAGUAAAUGUUCAAUUGCUUCACGAAUUGAUUGCUUCCGAGAUGUACCCACUGAAAAGUUUGGAGAAAAACUGCGCCAACAAGUUGAAGAUCGCUUAAAAUUUUAUGAUACUGGAGAAAUACCUGCAAAAAAUUGUGAUGUUAUGAAAGAUGCUUUAGAAGAGGCUGAAGUUGUGCAAGAAGAAGAACUGAAAAAAAUCAAGAAAGCAAAAAAGAAAGAAAAGAAGAAAAAAAUGCUUGAAAUGGAAAAUUCUGUUUUAAACUCAACCACUGAAUUUAGUUUAAUUUCAAAUGAAAGUGCAAAUGAUGAGCAAGACACUCUGAAUGAUGAUGAGUUGUCAUCAAAAGAAAAAAAGAAAGCUAAAAAGGCAAAAAAGAGAAAACUAGAGGAAAUGGAACAAAACUCUAUGGACAAUUCUUCUGCUGAUUUAAGUGGACAUUUAAACAACCAUGAUGAAUCAAUAGAGGAAGAAGAAAUGGAUGAAGAGACAAGAAAAAGAUUGAAAAAAGAAAAGAAAAGGGCUAAAAAACUAAAACUGCAGCAAAUGGAAAAUUCCCUGCAUUCUGAUGCUUCAAACAAUGUAGAUUCCAGUGCGAUUUCAAAUCAUGACUCAUCUCACGUGUCUGUAAAAGAUAAUGAGGACUUAGAUGAAGCCGAAAUCAAGAGAAUAAAAAAAGAAAAGAAAAAAGCAAAGAAAAGGGCAGCACUAAUGAUGGAGAGCUGAUGAAGUUACCAUGCACCUCCUGGUACAUGGUGUACUGGUACAUAUGGUACACGGACUAAAGAGAUAACUCAUGAGAAGUAACUCAUGUAUGGUGGCUGAAAAGCUAUGGCGGCAUAAAGAUAAUAAACUAGUUUUUAUUAAUUG